CCUUUUAGUUUACUUCACAUGAUCUUCCUAUUCUAUCAUGAACAUUAAUACCAACCGAUUGAAUACAUUUUACCAUCAUAAUCCACCAUGGCCAUAUGUGACUAAUAUGAACUAUCAUUCACCAGAAGAAUUUGCAAAUGCAGGUUUUUAUAAUGUAUCUACUCGAAGAACGACAGAUCGAGUACAGUGUUAUCUAUGUGAUGUAAUUUUGGAUGGUUGGAAGCAAGGUCAAUCUCCUUUAGCUCGUCAUGCCCUGGCUUCCGCCACUUGCCCCUUGGUUAUCCUCAACUUUCCUGAUGCCCUGACAACAAUUCCUAUGCAUGAUAAUGACAGCAACACCUAUCCUGAAUCGGCAUAUAUGACGAAUGCUCGUUUGAAAACAUUCACGAAACAUAAAGCCUGGCCCCCUGUAGACAGCAAUCAAAAGCAAAUGCAACAAACGCGUAUCUCAUCAAGACAACGUUCCUACCCUCCUGCUUCGAAGAUGGCUGAAGCUGGCUUUAUCUUCUUACCGACAGAGACAGAUCCUAGUCGCGUUAAAUGCCCAUAUUGUCAUAGCUGUCUGGAUAAUCUAACUGCUGCAUCUAAUCCAUGGACAUUACAUCAACGAAUGAAACCUGAUUGUAUCCACGUCACUCGUCGACUAUCACAAUCCAAGAAACAAUCCUCUUCCCAAAAACAAAUAUCUACACCAAGAAAUAAAAACAACAAACGAUCUUUAGCUUCAACUACAACAACAACAGCUUCUUCUACGAAAGAAAACCAAACACCGGCAAUGGAAACAGAUAACGUCAAUACUGAAGGCAAUGAUGAUGGUGAUGAUGAAGGAUUGAAAUCAAGAUUUGAUGAUAGUAUAUGGGAUAUUGCCAAAGCUCAUCUCAAUCACAAUCAACCUGAUCUAUCUGUUAAACGACAACGAACAUCAAAUACAAAAUUAGUGGUCACUUAUUCAAGAAAGGAACGCAAGAAACCAACUAGAGUACUACCACCGGAACUUACCAAAUCAAAAGAAAUCACAAGGGUAACAUCAUCAACAACAUCAACCAUGGCAUCAAAAGGGACACUUAGACAUGGAACAACAUCUACUUAUACCACUCCCUCUUCGACAGCAUUAUCAACUACGACCUCACUUACAUCUGGUAUACCGUCAGUGUCUCAGCAAUCAGAGGAGACGCCUGCACAGGUUCUUGCGCGAUUACAGAAAAGGCCGAACAUAUCAAUCAAUUCAAAGGAUAAGGGCAAAGGAAGAGCCACAGAGAGUCUACCGUCCGUAUCAAUAGGAACAUCAUCAACUAUGACAAAAUUAGGACGAAAUUCUCUUCGAUUAUCCACCACGAAAAGGUCAUCCAGUGAAAAACGAGCAUCUUCAUCAUCUACACCGACAAAAUUAUCAACAUCCAUGUCUUCACCAUCAGUAUCAUCAGCAUCAUCAAAAACAGCCAUAACGACAUCCAUAGGAACAACGAACUUCAUGACAAGUGAACCAAAAAACAGUUCAUCAUCAUUCUUACCAAAUUUUGCCUCCUCUCCUUUACCACAUUCAACUCCGAUCCAUUCACGAAUUGAUCAUGGGAAUGAUCUUAUGGCCUUGACUCUAUCACCGAUCAGACCUACUGAAACGACAACAUCAACUACUGUCAAAGGUGUAUUUGGCAAUCUGGACACCCCUGUGACUACAAAAGGACGUACAGAAACGUCAACAUCAUAUGAUAUCAGCCAAGCUAUUGAACAUCGGUUUCGAGCUAAACGACGAGCAAAGUCAAAUGGACAAGAUUGGAAGGAAAAUAAUGGAAUGAUACCAGCACCAACAGCACCGCUAUUGGAUUUUGAUUCUGAUGACGACGAUGAUGAUGAAGAAGAACUCUUUUUAACAAAUGAUGAAUUGGCAAUGACGGUGGAAGAAUAUAUUCAAGCUCUGGUUGAAAGAAAGGUGGCUCUAGUUGUACAACAAGGAGAACAGAUGAUCAAGGAUAUUGAAAAAGAGGUGGCAAAUACCAAAUUAUCGAUUUUGGCGAACGACCCUUUGAACAAUGGCGAAUAGUUUUAGAUUUAACUUUUUUUAGUUUGUACGAUAUUACACAAAAAAAUGCGAUAAUUAAUGGUUAUAUA